AAUGUCUAGAGUUAAACAAUCUUUAUGUAAUUUAUUGAUUAUUAUAUAAUAGAUGCCUAACCAUCACCAAGUACAGGUAGAAUUUAAAAGAUUUCAGAGAAAUUAUCAACCAUUUAGAUUGGAGUUGAGAAUGAAAGAUUUUAGAAAUUAGAAUAAGCAGAAUAACGUAUUUAAUAAGCAGAGGAUGCAUUUAAUGAAUUUUAAGAAUAAAUCUUUACAAGAUUGAAUGGAUUAAGAGAUUAAGUAAAUAAUCUAUAUAAUUGAUUUACAGUUAGGCAAAUUAUAAAAACAAGUGGAGGAUGACAGAUAGGCAAAAGAAUAAGCUAUUGAAGCUAAGAAUAGAGAUGUUUAAGCUUUGACUAAGAAGUUUGAAAAUGCAAUAGAGAAUGAAUAAUAAACAAAGAAGGAAGGAGAAGCUAAGAUUCUUAGAUUGACAGAAGAUAAAUCAGCAUUACUUAGAACUGAAGUUUAGAAGGAAACUGCUUAAAGAAUAGAUGCUAUAGAAGGAAUUCAUUAAGGAUUACAAAACGAUUUACCAAAGAUACAAGAGGCUAUUAGAGAAGAAGCUAAUGAAAGAGAUGAAUCUGAUUAAAAUGUAAUAAAAUUAAAUAUAUAUUAGGUAAUGAAAUCGAUUACAGAUGAAUUGGUAAAAUUGAGUAAUUUAAUUAAUGUAGAAAAAAGAAAUAGAGAUGAAAGUGAAUAAUCAAUAUUUGAAAUGCUUAAAGAUAUUGUUAAUAGAGUAAAAGUAGAAUUGGAUUAAGAGAAAAGAACUAGAGAAUAAUCAGAAGAACAUUUACUUAGUUUAUUGGAAGAUACCUGUAAUAAAUUAAGUAUUGCAGCAAAUUUAUGAAGAAUUUAUAUUCAUAUAUAUAUACAUUCAUAUUUCAUAUCAAUUUAUAUAUAUAUAUAUAUAAAUGGUUUUAAUCCACUAUAAGAAAACAGAGUUGAAUCAAUUCUUAUAUGAAUGUAAUGCUAAUACUCCUACUGAUUAAGUCAUAAAAGACCUUGUAUAAAGUAAUAAAAUAUGAAUAUCAUAUUAGUAAAUAACAUGAGGAUUAUUCUAGAUCGUUUAGCAUGUGCAAUGGAAGAUUUGGCUACUCAUGGUAAUAUAUAUAUAUUAAGAUUAUAUAAUAGGACCUUUAAAACCUGAAGAUACAAGAGGACUAUCUGAAUAAUCAUUAAUUGAUGCAGCUAUUGAAACUAUGGCACCUGAAAAAAAACCAUGGGCAGUUACUCCUCAAUAAUUAUUACCUGGUUAACGAUUGAAUCCAGAUAAAACAUCAUAUCGUACAGGAGUAAUUUAAACAGAGGAAUUGUCAAAGAUGGUUAUUGAGAAUUGUACAAAAGUCAAAUAAGCAAUUUCAAAAAAUCUAGUUGAAUAAAAAUAAUGUCUUACUACAAAGAUUGUUUAAGAAUAAUUAGAUUUAUUAAGAGGUUGUAUGAUGAUUUGUUAUCCUGGAUAUCAUGGAUUACCACCUUGGGAACCAGCUAGAGAAAUCUUAGAAGGUUAAUAUGAUACUCAAGCUACAUUUACAGAAUAAUAUGAUUUCUUAGAUGAGAAAAAUACAUCUUUAUGGUGGGCUGGAAAAGAAUUAUUAAGAGGCAAAUUAUUGUCUGAUUUUAUUGGAAAGAAUGAUAAGACUAAAAUUGUAAUUAUACUUAAAUACAUUUUAUAUUUUAGAUUGUAAGAUUAUAAAAGACUGGGGCUGGGGCUCCUGUUAGAGAACCUGCUGUAGAUGCUGAAACAUAAAAGAAAAUGAUGGCAUUUUAUUAUAAAAAAUAAUAAGAAUAAAAAGUAUUUUUUCAUUUUAAUAAGUUUUUAGGAAUUAGAAGCUGAUAAUGAGGAUGUCUAUUUAAAUUCUUAAUGGGCUAAUCCUAAAUAAUUGAAAUAAUAACUUAUGGGUGCUAGUGAUUAAAUAUCAUGGAAACCCAAGUGA